GCCGCACUUUCACUCUACGCUGCCGCGUUCGCUCCACGUCCCGCCUGAGUCCGCCUCCCGCGCGCCGGUGCCAUGAAUGCCAAGGUCGUCGUCGUGCUGGCCAUCGUGCUGGUUGCGCUGUGCCUCAGCGACGGGAAACCGGUCAGCCUGAGCUACAGAUGUCCUUGCCGAUUCUUUGAGAGCCACGUUGCCAGAGCCAACGUCAAGCAUCUCAAAAUCCUCAACACUCCAAACUGUGCCCUUCAGAUCGUGGCGAGGCUGAAGAACAACAACAGACAAGUGUGCAUUGACCCGAAACUGAAGUGGAUUCAGGAGUACCUGGAGAAAGCUUUAAACAAGAGGUUCAAGAUGUGAGAGGCGCAGGUGGGGUCAGACGCCUGAGGAAACCUUACAGUGGGAGCCCGGGUCUGAAAGCAGUGUUAGGAAGAGCCCGCAGCGGCUCCCCUGCACCCAGGCAGGGCCCAGUGCAUUUCCAAGGGCUUCGUUCUGCACAGUUUGCCUUAUUUUCACCAUUUGAUUAUGUAGCAAAAUAUAUGGUGUUUACUCUUCAUUUAGUUUGAUUAUCCAAUGUCACUGGUGACAGAUAGGAACUUAGACUAAGGCCAUUAUUUUACUUGCUAUCUUACGAUAUCUUCCCCUUGGAGCCCCUCGCCUGGCCCGAGGUUCCUGAGUGUUGUAUCUCCCUGAGCUGUGCAGGCUGGGACCCCCAAUCACCCUGUCCUAGGAUGGAGAGCCACCAGGAGGUAUCAGAGCCCACCAGCCUGGGCAAACCCUAAUGAAGGCUGCCCUUGUGCAGGGGGUAGAGGAGGGCUAGGUUUAGAGGGCCAGGCAAUAGCCUCACCCUCCACUGGAGUGAGGCCUGGGGUCUUCCCCUUCAGUGAGCAUCACAGAGCUUCCCCCAGCCGAGGGCAGGCAGGAGUGUGAGGCUGGGGUAGGGGGAGACACGCCCCUCAUCCUGAACUCUUCUCUACAUCCCAUCACGUUCUUCUCAUCACUGUCUCUCUCAUCCAUCAUCAUGUGUAUCCAAGACUGUCUCCAUCACCCCGGAAAAAGACUCUCUCAAGACCCAAGCUUUCAUUUAAACUGGGCACCAAGAAGCAAAUCAAAAUGUCUCGUGUUACCAUGUUCUGAAAACACUGUGCACAUCUGUUGUCUUGUUCGGAAUACCGUCUGUCGUCCAACCCUGUGUUCUUGUUCAAAGCCAAUGUCCUCGCUGCAUGCGCUGUCAGCUCCUCGUAUGCAAAGGCUCAGAGUCAGGAGACAUCUUUUAACCAGCUUUCUGAUUAGGGCCGUGAGCCUCUUGGGUGGACAGCCUGGGUUUCUCCACGGAUCACAAACCCAGGAUGGAUCCACGGAGCCCAAGGGAAUUCGGUUUUCAGCUGGGCUGAACUCUGAGGACGCCAGCCCUCCCUCCAUGCUUCCACAGGUGUGAGUAUCUCAGAACCACGGAGAGUUUUGUCUCCGUGGCGCCAAGAGCGUGAUUCUUUUGGCCGUCACAUGAAAAGAAUCCUCAACUCUUUUUUGGUUUUUGAAAACCCAAUCCACAGAAUAAUGAGUCCUGGACAGGAAGAUUCUUUCCCAGUUAAAUUCUAACCUCAUCUUUUCCCCACUUGGCAAUCCCAUCAUCUGCUCCCUUGUAAAGUGGUCUCUGGACUUGGCUGCUGGAAUUGCCUUGUGCUUCCAGAAUGUCCAGCAGGGCAUUCCUCCUAGAAAAGGGGACGUUUGGGAAAGUAGGUUAAAGCCUUGACAUGUAAAGGGUUUCCCUUUACUGAGACCAGUUUGUAGAGUUGCACUAAGCAGUUUUAAAAUACCACUUUUUGAACAGCUAGGCAUUUGAGGGGGUUUUGCUUAUUGUCUUUGUUUUAUAUUUCGUCUCACGAAUACUUUGCCCCUUUGGUUAAAUAGCCCAGGGAAAAUUUUUAAAUUAAGAAAGAAAAAUAGAAGGCCAAAACCGGGAAAUGUAUCCAUCGAUAGGACACUGUAAAUACUAUACAGAAAGUAUAUUAUAAUAAAAUAAUCUUGAAUUAUAGAUGUUUUUAGAUAUAAUCAUCUUUGGGUUGUCAGUUACACGUUUAAAGCGUUUCCAUAAAUAUUCCUUUAUAUAGGAUCUUCAAGGUAGAAAGCCAGUCCACCAGCCAAACAAAAAAUGUGUAUCUUCAAGUCAGUUAUAUUAUAUUGAAUAAAAUAGAGUACAGGGGCCUCUAUAAGGAAUAAAGAACUGAUCUCAGGACCCUCUUCUGAAAUUAAGUUAUCACUGCAGGUCUCCUGAACUAUACUAUGGGUGAAAUGAUCGAAUUUUUCAGUAGGAUGGGCAUUUUCUAAGUAAUCCAAGAUAAUUUAAAACUCUCAUGGAAAAUUUGGAACCAUCCUCCCCUGGAAUCCAUGAACCAGAACCAUUAAAUCUCUUGCUCCCAGAAAAACAAGGCUCUAAAUCUUGACUACAGUCAAAAAAAGAAUCAUUCCUUUCUCCCCAAUAGAGGGAAAAAUAGAUAAGAGUAGAAACUGCAGGAAAAGUUAUCUGCCUAACAAUUGCCCUCCUUACACUCUGCUCCUGAAGAAAGACGGCCUCUUGAAAGCAAAUACGCAUUUAAAUAGUCUAUUUGCAAAGGAAAAGGCUCUCUUGAUCCCCUUUUGCUUUAAAAGUACAAGUCAAGUGCAUUCAUGGAUUAGGAGUCCCCCCGGCUAUUCCUCCCUGUCCGAUGCUGCUCGACCUGACCUUCCCUUGGGCUCCUUGUAACCCCCAGGACAGUCCUCCCCCUGCCAGCCUUUGCAUCAGGACCCGGGCAGCUGUGGGGCCGAGCUGGGGACGGGACUGCUGUGUGUUUAUAUCCGAAUCUGCGCCAUGUGUUGUGUGUACUGUUCUUCGUCCAGCCCUGCUCAGGUGCUGAGACCCCAGCGAGGAGGCUCAGGAGAGGGGCCCUCUGCGUGUGGGCCUGUCCUGCAGAGCAAGGAGGCUCAGCUUGGAGCAGACGGCCUGAAUAGCAGAAGGUUGCAGUCCCCCCUGUGUGAAGCCCAGAGAACUCCUAAGAAUUUUCAUUGGAUCCGAUUUCACCUUCCUUUUCUGACUGCUGCCUGAUGCUGUAGCCAUGGGCUCUGGGCAGGGAGUUUAUCAGCCCCCCAAGCCCCUGCCCCAGGGGGUGCACCCUUCCACAGCAGGAUAAGAAUUGUGGGGUCCCUGUGCACAUCCUCCCUGACCCAUUCCAAGGGAUCCCCUUCCCUGGAAAGUGCUCCCUAGAAACCUUCAAGUCCCAUAAGCAGACCACUGACACGGCCAAGUUGAAAAAAAAAAAAAAAAACCUCCCAAGCUACUUGUGGGUCCGUAACCUCGCUGGCGUCUCAGUCUCCAGGCAGUGAUGGGUUCAGUGUUAAAUGUGAUGAAUACUGUAUUUUAUGUUGUUUAAAUACAUCUCCCAGAUAAUGUGAAAAUGGUCCAGGAGAAGGCAGCUUCCUGUAUGCAGUGUGCUUUUUUUUUUUUUUAAAUAACAAAUAACAACUCCUUUUGAGAAACAACCAUUUCUACUUUGAAGUCAUAUCAAUGAAAAGAUGUAUAUCCACUUACAAUUUUCCUAAUAAAGACAUGUAUUCA